AUGGAAGCAAUUGUACUUAAAGUACUAAAAAAGUACUUAAAGUUGUUUAUCAAGAAUUUUACAGCAGAUAACUUUUCAUUAUCAUUGCUCAAAGGUGAAGGACAAUUGGUCGACUUGGAACUCAAUGAAAAUGUAUUGCAAGAGUUGUUGUUGAUUCCAGCUCAACUUCGAGUCACACAAGCAUCUUGUGAUGUAUUGACAGCAAAAGUACCGUGGACAUCUUAUAAAAAGGAACCUAUCACAAUCUCCCUAAACAAAAUUCAAAUUGAUCUCAAAGAACCAGAAGUAAUUACUGCUUUACAACCACAAUUUAAAAAAUUCAAAAAGAAAAAUAAGAAUAAAAGAAAUGAAGUAACAGAGAAUUUACAAGUUGAAGCAAAGAAUAUUAAAUUAUCAUUGUCGACUAUGCAUGGUGACUCUUUAAUUAUUGAAAUUGAAGAUGUAUUUGUUCAAUCAACUAAUUCAAAUUUCCAAGUUGUUGAAUUAUCACAAAUUAAAACAAUUGAUAAAGAUCAAGGAGUAGAAUCAUUACAUAAAUUAAUUACUGCAAAAUCAAUUUCAAUUAGAGUUCAAGAUUGUGGUGGAAUGUCUUAUAAUAUUAUUGAACAAAUGCCAUUAAAAGUUUUAUAUUCAACAAAAAGAAGAAUUAAAGAUUGGAUUCAAUUAAAUGCAAAGGUUGAAUUUUUACUUGGAUUUAUGAAUUUAAGAUGGAAUCUAUCACAAUGGCAUUUCUUGGCCGAUCUUUUUUCACAAUUCCAAUCUAUUUUAGCACGUGCUGUACCUGCUCCAUUGGCAUUGGAAGAUAAUAAAAAGAAAAAGAAAAAGGAUAAAAAGCACAAGCUUUCACCUCCGAGUGGUAGCAGCGGAGAGGGAGGAUCGCCAAUGGCUGUCCACCGAUCGACUCCACCUGUCAGUCCGGCCGUCAGUGUCGACAGCAACUAUUCGUCAGUGUCGUCGAGUCUACAAUCCACACCCAGUGUGAACAACACACCCACCAUUGGCAACAGUACUGGCAUACCAAUGGAGGAUGCGCCACUACCCAAACACUCGGAUGUGACCUAUGACUUCCACAUUGAACGAUACCGACUCGAGUUGAUUGACAAUUUGACCAACUCGACGAGCGAUAUCAACGACAGUGGAUUCUUGUUUAAUGGCGACGGUCUCCACUUUGGUCUCACCUCGAAUAACGUCAAUUUCAAACCGACCAAUGAGUUUGGAGAGGUCUACUACUCGUUGCCGAUCCGUGAAAUGAUCGUGUCGGUCGUCUUGAACGACAUUCUCAUCCAAGAGGUCGAAUCAUUCUCGAAAAAGAUUAUCAAGGGUGAUUUGUGUGGACACAAUGACCAGAGUCAGAAACCAGUCAACAAAAAGUACGAUCCGUCCAUCACUUCAAUCUCGUCGGAUGGUAUCUCGGAGCGUAUCCAAAUUCAUCAUUAUCACGGUCCAUAUCUACUCAAGGGUAAUUUGAUCCUGAGAAAGCCAAUCAUUACCGAUGCUGACCCUGAUCCUCUCAAACGACUUGUUUCAGUUGAUGGUAAACCAUUACCUCCCCUCAUUGGUUUGGAGCUCAAUCUUCAUCUUAGUCAUUUCAAAUUGAUUGGAGAUCGUCGUGCAUGGAAAAGAUUCAUUGCUUUUAUUAUCCCACCAGAUCCUGAUCUUGAAACUGAUUCAGAAUCUGAUUCAAGUAUUAUUGAUCCAACUGUCACAAAUGUAAAUGCAACAACAGAAAAUGAUAUUAAUAAUAAUAAUAAUAAUAAUUUGAAUGGUAAUACAAAUGGUGUUGGUGGUGAUGGAUCAACAUCACCACAAAAUCCAUUUGCAAUUAAAAAGAGUUUGGUUGCCAAAGGAAAGAAAAAAGUAUCAACAUUUAAACGUAAAUUUAAACUUGGAGAGAAUUGGAAGAAUCAAAUCAAGAUUAUAUUAAAGGCAUCGGAAACACUUGUUGUCAUUCCAGAGGAAGAAGAGAAACAAGAUUCAAUCAACCCAUUCAAGGGUUCAAGUACCAAAAUCUUAUUGGGUACUUUUGCAAUGAGAAAUCAUUCCGAUUGGAAAUCAGUUCCUCAUCUCUAUGAAGGUUUACAAUUAAUCGAUAGUAAUAGUAAUCCUGAUCCAAUUACUGUUUCUGGUUUAGAUCAUAGAUUUUCUUUUAAAAUGGAUAAUUUUACAAUGAAUAUAGUUGAAUCAAACAAUACAAUUACAAUUAUUCAACCGGCAUCUGUUUCAUUAUAUUUAAGAGUUUCAAGAUCAAAUAAUCUUUACCACGAAAAGAGAAUACCAAAGAUUGAUAUUUCAUUUAUAUCAUCAGAUUUCAACUUUAGAUUGACUAGAUACCAAUCCAAUUAUUUGGAUUAUGUAGCCAAAAAGUAUUUCUCACCACAAAAGAUGAAGAGUCUAAUGAAUAGUAGAAUGAAGUCUAUCAAAUCUCUUGCCAAGAAACGUUUACAAAUUAUGAAGAAUCAAAAAUUGGAUAGAACUCUUACCAUAAAGAACAAAGUUGAAAAAACUUUACAACAAUAUUAUUGGAGUGUAUAUAUUAAUGUUCAAAAAGGUGUAUUUUAUUUACCACUUCAACAUUUAUUAGAACCAAAGAAAUCAAGAACUGAAGCAUUACUUUCAGAAUUGACAUUGGGUGGUGCACAAGCAGGUAUUUCUGAAGAUUUAUGUGAAUUCAAGGUUGAAAUGCUUGGUAUGGCUCUUCAAAACAAGAAUGAUGGUCAAAAUGUAGUUUUCAAGGUUGGCAGAUUCGAAGCCAAUGGUAUCGAACAUCCAAAACUGACCACUUCUACCUCACUUUGUCCAUUGCCAGUUCCCGAUGAUGAGGUUAUUCCAUCGAGACAAAGUGAUGCCACCAACUUGUUGGUCACCUACAAACGUAGACCAAAGGCUCUCAAUUCACAAUUGAUACUCAUUGACAAUGAAAUGGCCGACUGGCUCACCGAGGUCAAUGUUCGUCUCCAAGGUAUGCAAGUAAAGGUCAUCAAAAAGAGUGUUUCUGGAUUACCAGUUGAAAAGAAACCAAAGGGUCUAAAGAUACCUGACCUUCAAAAUUUCAUCACUAAAUUGGUUUCUACUUGGCAAUCUAAAAAGGAUGAUAUUCAUAAUAUUAAAAAGGGUAUUCAAAAAGUUAAACUUGAUAUUGUUUGGGGAGUUGAACUUGGUAAUUGUGAAAUUUUAAUGGGAAAUAAAUCAAAGGAUAAAGAUGUUUAUUUCCCAAAGGGUACUAUUCGUAUUACAGAUACCAAUAGAAAGAUCAAUGCCAGAGCCUACAAGGAUAUCGAACAAGAACUUCUCAAAAAGACAUUGGAUUCUGCCAAAUCUGAAAUGGAAAAGGAUGAUUACAAUGAACGUAUCAACGAAUUGGAACAACAAUUAGAAUCUGUCAAACAACAACAAUCCAAAGAACUAUUACAAAUGAAGCAAGAGUACAUGUCUUUGGAAAGCAAGUUUAUUCAAACUAAAAUGUCUUUGGCUGAAAUGGAAGACGAAAGAGAGGCUUUAAAGUUUGAAUUAAAGAAAUACAAGAAAUAA